AUGUCCUCUUCUCCCUCCGUUCCCUGCAAUGCCAACGACGGCCAUGGCAUCGCAUUGCAACCGGAUGAAAAAGUAGCUGCCAGUAUAUCAACGCCUUCUCCACCUCCUCCGAAGCGUCCCUAUACCUCUUUGCCCCGGUCUCGCCAAAUAUGCAUUCUCAGCCUCGUCACAGUUGCUGGUUUCUUUGGCCCUCUGGCAGGUAAUAUCUACCUUCCAGCGCUUCCAGCUCUAUCCCGCGCUUUUGGAGUGAGCACAGAUGCCAUUAACGUGACUGUUUCGGUCUUCAUGGUGGUUUUUGCAUUCGGGCCCCUGUUCUGGGCCCGCUUUGCAGACCGGCGAGGCCGCAGACCGCUGUAUGUGAUAUCAAUUUCCAUCUACAUAGUGGUAAACAUCCUGCUCGCCGCCUUGCCAGCAAACUUCGGUGCUCUCGUCUUUUUGCGAAUUGUGCAGGCUUUUGGAUCAUCCGCAGUAGUGUCUCUGGGAGCCGGUACAGUGUCAGAUAUCGUAGAGCCCAAGAAGCGGGCAAGGGCCAUGUCAUAUUUCCUGUUUGGUCCUCAGUGUGGCCCGAUUCUAGGGCCAGUGUUAGGAGGCGCCUUUGCUGGCAGCACAUCGUGGAGGUGGAUUUUUGGUUUCCUCGCUAUCGCCGGAUUUGCUCUCUGGGUGACGAUCAUCUUCUGUCUACCAGAAACCCUCCGCGCUCGCGUAGGAUCUGGAGAGAUCUACCGGGGCAAGAGCCGCAGCUGGAUAAUAUGGCCGCCUCGACUUAUCGCAGAGCCCGUUCCUGAGGAGAAGAGAGGACCACCUCCACCAAAGCCGACAUUGCUGGGAUACUGGCGUCUUUUCAAGUACCCGCCGAUCGGAAUCGUCUCGUGCGACACAGCCAUUCUAUAUUCGUCAUACUUUUGUAUAGCAGUUGAGCUUCCCACUGCACUAGAAAAUACAUACCAUUGGUCAUCUGCGGAGGUUGGGGCGGGAUACCUGGUGGUGGGAUUUGCCAUGGUCAUCGGUUCUAUACUCGGAGGUCGCUUUUCGGACUGGAGGCGCAAAAUGCUGGUGAAAGAGACCGGUGAAGAGGAGGUCGCUCCUGAAAACAGAUUAAACGACCAGGUCUGGGGCAUCUUUCUCAUCGCUGGAGGUCUUGUGAUGUUUGGAUGGUUCGUCGACAAGAAGAUCCAUCCAGUGGCAACGCUGAUAUCGACAUUUCUGACCGGCUUCGGGAUGUCGUGGAUCUUCGUGAUCUCCAAUGCCUUCCUGACAGAAUGUAUCGCCAAACAGGCAGCUGGUGCCUUUGCGCUGGGGAAUAUGCUUCGAAACCCUGCAGCUGCCGUGGCUGCCAUCAUUAUACACCCACUUGUCAAAUGUAUGGGCUGGGGAUGGUGCUUCACCGGCCUUGCGCUCUUGAAUUUCGUCGUUGUCGGCGCAGCGCUCAUGGUUCUGCGUACCCAGUCUCCACGCUGGAGAAAGAAGAGGGCAGAACGGAUGGCUGCUGCUGUGCCUGCAAAGAGCAGUUCUGCUUAA